AUGGCGCAAACACACCACAUUCUCGUCCUACCAGGCGACGGCAUUGGCCCCGAAGUCAUGGCCGAGGCUGUAAAGGUCCUCCAAGCAUUCGAAACUCCGCAACGCAAGUUCCAACUACGACACGAGCUCAUUGGAGGAUGUAGCAUCGAUGCCACAGGCAAGCCGGUCACCGAAGAGGUAAAACAAGCUGCAUUGGAUUCAGACGCGGUGCUAUUUGCUGCCGUUGGUGGACCCAAGUGGGAUGGAGCUCGUCGUGGUCUUGAUGGGCCGGAAGGUGGACUACUCCAGCUGCGCAAGGCAAUGGAUAUCUAUGCAAACCUGCGUCCUUGCUCUGCGACUUCGCCCAGUCCGUCCAUCGCAAAGGAGUUCAGUCCAUUCCGAGAAGAGAUCAUUGAGGGCGUUGACUUCGUCGUCCAAUGGAUGAAUGGGGCUACUCCGAAGAAGAAAUCCAGCGUGUCGCCCGGCUGUCCGCAGAAGUGGCCCUUCGCCACGACCCCCCCUUGGCCCGUCAUCUCCCUGGACAAAGCCAACGUCCUCGCCUCAUCCCGUCUCUGGCGCCGUGUAGUAGAGAAGACCAUCACGACCGAGUACCCGCAAGUGAAGCUGAUCCAUCAGCUUGCGGACUCAGCCUCACUUAUAAUGGCGACGAACCCGCGAUCCCUAAACGGCGUCAUUCUGGCCGACAAUACUUUUGGCGACAUGCUCUCCGAUCAAGCCGGCUCGAUUGUUGGAACCUUGGGAGUUCUUCCCAGUGCCAGUCUGAAUGGUCUACCCGGCGACAAGGCGUUGAAGACGCGACCGUACGGAUUGUACGAGCCUACUCACGGUUCAGCUCCAGAUAUUGCGGGGAGAAAUAUUGCUAACCCCGUCGCGAUGAUUCUUUGCGUCGCUUUGAUGUUUCGCUACUCAUUAAACAUGGAGGCUGAAGCAAAGCGGGUCGAAGAUGCUGUUCGGAAGGUCCUUGAUUCAGGUGUUCGAACUCCUGAUUUGAAAGGAAAGGUGGGAACCAAGGAGGUCGGUGAUGCUAUCGUAGCUGCUUUGUAA